AAAUAGGUAAGUGAGGUGCCCAUAGAGAAUGUAACAAGUUUUUUUUCUUAAAAAAAACAUUUUGUGGUGGUGUUGCAAUUAAAAACAUUUGGCAUGUCGAUCGGUUUGGUAGAAUGAGUCGCAUGCGCAGACAAUCCUGUUCCCCUGGUAGGCCAUGACAUAGCUGGAAUGCAGACCUUAAGGCAGGAGAUGACCUAAACUACGGGCUAUAAAUACUACUGGCAACAAAGAAAAUAAACCAUACAAUAAUACUUUUUAUUUAAACUAAAAUAUGUAUUAUAAAUCGAACUGGCCACCAAGAGACAAUUUCUUGCGUUCAAAAAUGAAACAAUAAAUAUGGCUGAUAGGAAACAGUUUCCCGCGCAUAGAACUGUCAGUGUCAAUAUCAAGUGAGUGAAAAUGGUGACGUUAAUGCCGUGCAAUUACCUCGGCGGUACAUCCCCGCGCUGCAGCCUGGACCACAACGAGCCGAAGGCGAAGAGGCCAAGACCUGAUACAGGCACUGAUGUUCGAUUAUCGGGCGACAACAACACGAGUCCCUGCGCAUCUGAAUCGACGUCAGAAUCGCCGCCAUCUUUGUUGCAAGAUGCAACACUUCCCGCGCUUUUAGUGACAGGCGCGUCAACCCUGUUCCAAGCCACGACGUCGAAUAGCUCAGCUCUCAGUUUAACUGACAGCUUGAGUUUGCCACAAGAAGACUGCAGCUUAGCAAAUGGUUGUACGAACGCAUUGAGCGGGCUCGCUCUACCGCUGACAUCGACGGGCUUGUGUUCAACGACGUCAAGCUCAGCUGUAGCCUGGUUAAUGAAUGACGAUAGCACGGGUGGUGGUGUGAAGAGCGAGGUGCGCAGCCCAGGCCUGUGCGAGGCGGACGCGGCGCUGUACGGCGAGACGCUGCCCUACGACCAGUCCGCGCUGCCCUACCAGUAUUACAAUAGUAUGCAGCAAUAUGGCGGCGGAGGUGCGGCUUCGUCGUACGUCAGUUCUACGCUCUACAACCAGCCCUAUGCGGCCUACCCGCCGCCACAUAACACUAAUAAUAGGUCGUCAUGUAAGGCCACACCGACAUAUCUAAGUGCGUACAGUAUGGGCGGCGUCGGCACCGUGCCCAGCUCGGGCUUCGCCACACAGCCCUCUCCGUACGCGUAUUCCUCCUACAAUGGAGGACUGGCGCAAUCCUUUCCUAAUGCACAACAGGAUUAUAGCAGUUAUGCAUCUGGUUACGCCGACCACAACGUGGCCCAGUACGGAGGGUAUUACGCCACCCCGAGCUAUUCUCCUUACGUCAGCUCGCCCAGCAGCAGUGGCAGUGCCGGACAUACUUCAUAUCUCAUCGGCGGUGGACUAGCAGAAUCUCCGUCUUCAAUGGUACCUGCAAUAAAUGACACCAGCCCGCUCUCUCCUAUCAAAAAUGAAGUACACGCAGCCAGUAGGAGAUGCAGAGAGAAUUCUGGCGAGAGCACAGCUAGCAGAUCACGAGGCAGAGGCAGACGGAACACAUCUUCAUCACCGGCACAACAUGUUCCGGAACCUUCAACCGAAAGAGUUUUUAUAUGGGACUUGGAUGAGACAAUCAUUAUCUUCCAUUCACUACUCACUGGAUCUUUUGCUACUAAGUACAAUAAGGAUACACAGCAUAUAGUGCAGUUGGGUUUCAGAAUAGAAGAGAUGAUAUUCAGUUUGGCGGAUGCCCAUUUCUUCUUCAAUGAUGUUGAGGAUUGUGACCAGGAACACAUAGAUGCAGUGGCGGCUGACGAUAGCGGGCAGGAUCUGUCCACGUACAACUUCGCGGCGGAUGGUUUCCACGCGACCACUCCCGGGUUAUGCGCUCCUGGUAUGCGCGGUGGAGUUGACUGGAUGCGGAAGCUGGCAUUCCGGUACAGGAAGAUUAAGGAUACAUAUAAUAAUUAUAGGAAUAGUGUGGGCGGUCUUCUUGGUCCGGCGAAGCGCGAGCAGUGGCUGCAGCUCCGAGCUGAGCUGGAGCAGGCCACAGACAACUGGCUCACGCUCGCCUGCAAGUGUCUAAAUAUGAUUAAUUCCAGAGAGAACUGUGUGAACGUUCUGGUGACGACGACGCAGCUGGUGCCGGCGCUGGCCAAGGUGCUGCUGUUCGGUCUCGGCGGUGUCUUCCCCAUAGAGAACAUAUACUCGGCCACAAAGACAGGAAAAGAGAAUUGCUUCGAUAAGAUAAAGCAACGUUUCGGUGAACGUUGUACUUACGUUGUUAUCGGUGAUGGGAAAGACGAGGAAGCAGCUGCAAAGAACAAGAACUAUCCCUUCUGGCGUAUCUCAGGACAUUCCGACAUCGCAGCGCUUUACAACGCACUCGAUAUGGGCUUCUUAUGAUCUGCUGCUCGCCUGGUACUUCUUACAUUGUUCUACAAUAUAUAUAACUGUAUAUGGACAGGUUAUAUACCUUAGUAUCUUGUACCUAUUUGAUCAUCGCCAUUUUGAAUCUAACUACAGUUACUAGAUACUAGACUACAAUACUAGAUAGAAAUAAUUUGUAAGAACUUCAACAGUUUUAAGUCGGAACAACGUAAAAGCUGUAAUUUCUAAGCAAUGGCCUGUCCAUUUUUUAGAGUUCGUGUAUCUCACAUAAUACUCUUAUGGAUUGCUGCUAUCCUGGUAUUUCACUAGCAUCUUAUGACAGUCAAAAAAUGUUAACAAACAAUGUCAUCUUAAUUGAUAGUGUCAUUUUGAACAAUAAGGAGUGGCAACUGUUAAAUGUUGCCAUAAUUGAAAAAAAAAAUCACUCGUAGUGUCAUGACAUGUCGGUUAACUUAACUCCAGGACACUAAUUUCCUCACAGCAGUGGAACCCCACACUAAUAUUGAGACAGAGUUGUUUCGUGAAUUAAGUCAUAUCAUAAUUAUUAUAUCCCUUUAGUUAAGUUGCAUUUUUAAGUACAUAUUUCGUGUUUAUUUCAAUAUAUAAAACCGUAUUAAACUAUUAUACAGGGUGUCCCAAAAGGCUACGUACAUAGGAAGGGGGGUGAUAGGGGUGGUCAUAAGGGUCACCAGAAAAAAUAAAAUAAACCCCUAUCACCCCC